AUGCCAUCCAAAAUCCCCUCCAACUAUCCGUCUGACACAGAGGCCAUGGAGACCGAGUCUGGAUAUGUCAGUGGCAGCGCCAGCGUCCACAGCAUCCCGGAGCUCCUCUUCACCAAACCACACCUGAAAUUCCUCAACAGACAGCUCCAAUUCCUAGAGCCGCAAGACAUCCUCCGAUGGUGCAUCACCACAUUACCGGGCCUUUACCAGACCACCGGCUUCGGCCUGACCGGCCUAGCCACGCUCGACAUGCUCUCCAAACUCCAGGUCCCCCGACCCCACCGCAUCGACCUCAUCUUCCUCGACACCCUCCACCACUUCCCCGAAACCCUCUCCCUCCUUGACCGCGUCCGCAGACACUACCCCUCCACAAACAUCCACGUCUACAAGCCCGCCGACGCCUCCACGCCCGACGACUUCGCCGCCCAAUACGGCCCCACCCUCUGGGAAUCCAACGACCAGCUCUACGACUGGGUCGCCAAGGUGGAGCCGGCCCAGCGCGCCUAUCGCGAGUUGGCCGUGGGCGCUGUCCUGACCGGCCGACGCCGCAGCCAGGGCGGGAAGCGCGGGGACCUGGAUAUCAUCGAGCUCGACGAGGCGGGGCUCAUCAAGAUCAACCCGCUGGCCAACUGGUCCUUUGCGCAGGUCAAGGAGUACAUUGCCGCAAACAGGGUGCCAUACAACGAGCUGCUGGACCGGGGGUACAAGAGCGUGGGCGACUGGCAUUCCACGCAGCCCGUGAGGGACACGGAGGACGAGAGGGCGGGGAGGUGGAGGGGCCAGCCAAAGACGGAGUGUGGAAUCCACAACCCGCGGUCGCGGUAUGCGCAGUUCCUGAGGGAGCAGGAGCUCAAGAGGCAGGCGGAGGCCCUCAGCCAGGCGCUUGAGGUGGGGGGCUGCUGA